AUGCCUACGGGCUAAUGCUCAAUGCACUUAAUAUGGAUUUAAAAAAAGGAGAAAUUGCUUUAUAUAAUUUCUAUGUGCUAUAUUUAAUUAUGUUCAACUGCCAUUUAUUUUAAACAAUUGAAAUUUACAUCUUCGUGAAUGUGAUCUUUAACGAUGACAGUUUACUUAUAGUUACGCAUCUGUCCGAUUGUUCCGUGACAUAAUCGACGAGUGUUUUGUCAAUAUAAUUUUUGCUACUUUUAUUUAUGUAUUGUUAAAUCAGACGUCAGCAAAAUGAGUUCCCUUGCUGUAAGAGCAGAGCAAUACUUUUAUAGUAUUAAUCCUAUAGCUCAGAGAAUUGGCGAAGAUAUAACCGCAACGAAAGAAGCUUAUGAGGGGCUAUGGAAUACCUUGAGCAUGGCAGAGCGCAAUCAAGCUAUCAAUGAAACUAUUAUUCAACCUGAAGUAGCUUUAAAGUAUACUUUGAAGAAGGUCGAGUUGACCAAAGAAUUACCAGAAUGGUAUCCAAAACUGCGUAUACAGACUGGAAUGAAAUAUGUCAUAGAUGAAACUGGUUCUACAUUACGAUGGCGAGACGAGCAUUCUGCGCCAUUUUCGUUUAUGACUCAGUCACAGAUGAAUCUCAAUCUUAUAGAUCCUAAUGAAGAUGCAAAAUCUAAAUCAAUGAGAACUCAUUUUGGAGAGUCCCCACAUUUUUCCAGUCCUGUGAAGGCACAAAGAAGCAAUCCAAUGAAUGAUAGUUACAAUUCUGCACUUCAAAUCAGCUGUUAUCAGUCGGAUUACACUAACAGUCUAUUCGAAAACAAUCAGUGUAGCGAUUUAUUGACAAACAGAAUUGAUAGUGAACAUUCCGACAGUAUAUUUGCUAAACUGAUUAAUAAGACUUCUUUGUUAAAGUUACAAAGUAAGGAUGUCGAGGAUGAUAUGGAGAGUUUGGUGAGGGAGAGAGAUUCUGACACAGAUAAAAGUCAAUCAAAUACUGUAGUGAUGUCGCGAACAAAGUCUAGCGAUAUAAACGAGUCAACCGCUUUGUUAGAAACGCCUAGUUCCUACAGCAGCUUUCAAUCAUCCCAAUUAAAUCAAGAAGAGGAAGAGAGAGGUAUACCAAAGACUGGAUUCGAGUUUCUUGAUAAUUGGUAAAUUUAUUCUGUUGUAGGAAUAGUCAAUUUCCUCUGCAUGCGUUAUUGUAUAAAAAAUAUUUCCAUAGUAUUCUAGGAAUAUAAGUUGGAUAUAUAGAUACACAUAUUCAAACAGUGUAUUUAAUCUGAUUAUUUUCUAUUGCUGUGUGUUCUAUGAAAAUGUUUACAUGAAUGUAUGCGUAAAAGUCAGAAUAUUUAUGUAGGAGAUGAUGAAAUAUUUUUUACAGUA